GAUUAUAAAAGAACAAAAAAAGAAACAGACUUUUCGAAGAACCCAACAGAGAGAAAUGUGUAGAUCGACGGAUUUCGAGCGCUAUGUUGAGAAAGAGAGCUUAAAGGUUAAAGCUUUCUUCGUCCGGUUCACGGGUUUACUCACCCGAGACUUCUUACCCGAUUCUCUUACUCUUCUCUACCCACCCCGAAUCAACGAAGCUGCUUUCGAGCUCGACGGGUCCAAGAUCCGACCCGAUUCCCCGGCGUUCGUGACGCUCCACAGGGUCGUCAAGGGAGGAGAAGCCAUUUACGGGUCUAGAGAAUGGGUUCGGGUCUGGGAAGGGAUCCGGUUCGAGGUGUACAUGCGUGAAGAGAGGGUCGUAAAAGGUAUAUUCAGAAAAGACGAAGGAGACAAGUGGAAACUCGAGUGCGAGUGUGAGAUGGAGGAGGAAGGAUCGGCUGAGGUUGUUGUGGCGGCGGAGGGACACGUGGCAACGUCGACGAUGGCGAGGAAACAUAGACGGAGGAGGAAGCAUAAGAUGGGGUUUGAGUGUUUGGAGGAGAUACCGGAGGAAAGAGAGGAAGGGAGGGAAUCGGACGGCGGAGUGUGUUUUUGCACGUGCAGCCGCGGCGAAUCCGACGACGGCGAGGGAGAGUGGGAGACGGUGGAAUGGACGGCUGAGAUGGAGUCUGAGGUGGAGGGAAUGGGAUGGGCCGUUGAUUUGGGGAUUUGGGUUAUGUGUUUAGGUGUGGGUUAUUUGGUGUCUAAAGCCUCUACCAAAGGUGGAAGAAGAAGAAGAAAAUCUUUCUUUUAAAAUUUUGCUAUGAAUCAGUGUAAUUGUUCAAUAGUGUUCUAACAUAAUAGUACAAAUGAAAUCACAAAUGUAAAAAAAAAACCAUGAUUUUGGUUACAGAGUCAUGAGUUACUUUUUAUUUGAACGUAGAACAAUG